UAAUUACCUUAGCUUAUUAUAUCAUCAUAAAACUAUGAGCGGCUGUCCUCUACGUAGGGUUUUGAGUUCUCCCCCGAAUUUGUGCGGCAAGAGCAGUGGCGGAUGGCGAACGAAGCAGGUUCGAAAGAGCAAACGAGCAGGGCGUUCCACGACAGGGAUGGUGAUUCUUCGGCAGCGACGGGUGCAGGAAGCAUGGAGAAAUUGGCGAUUCAGUACGACGGGCUCGGCUUGGGGGCUAGAGGAUGAACUCUUGCUGGAUGACGAGGAAGAGGCGGAACUUGACCCUACAACAACGAACAUGGCGGUGGAUACCUUCCCCUUGGUCGGUACGAUCCUCACGAACAAAGUUGUGAAUAUUUUACAGAUUCAAGAGAUUGGGGAAAAGAGGUCAAAGCUUAUUGUGAGAGAGAGUCUCCUUAAGAGAGGGGGUCGAAGCUUAUUGUGAGAGAAACCCAUGGAUGUCUAGCAAAGGACGUGAGUGAAUAGCAUCCCUAAGGAUUACAUCCUUUUUCAGGUUCCAGAACUAUAACUAUUGAUGAGGAAGAAUGCACGGACGGCUUUAUGCAGGUGAAUAGACGAAAAAACAAACAUAAGAGUGUGGUCUAGAUCCCUAACACAGAACAAAAAGCUCAAUUAUUUUAUGAAGUGGGAUGGACAUCAUACCCUAUGGUCACACGAAGUCAAUCCCGCUACCCACAAGAUGACUUAGACUACUUCCUUUACCCUAAAGUCUCAUAUACAAAAAGUGAAAAUGAGCGACUUUUAUACUUGUAAAUAUCUCUUGUACAUUUUAUUGUAUAAUACAAAGUCACAUACUACCUUCAUCCCUUAAAACUUUGCCAAAAUUAACCGACACGGAGAAUAAUAAAGUAAAAACUGUGUGAUUGAGGUUUGUGCAGAGGAGAGAGAAAUAACAGAAACCACAAAAAAAUUGAUUAAAAGGGAAAGUGGCAAAGUUUUUUGGGACGUCCCAAAAAGUAAAGAUGGCAAAGUUUUAAGGGACGGAGGGAGUAUAUAUUAUCAGAUUGACUCUUUGUGUUAUGAGUUUAGAUGAGUGUACAAGAGUGUUAUGGGCUCGUGAUCCAAGAAGGGAUCAAGCUAUGUUUCCCAAAUAAGUCUCACAGGUUUAUCUCAUACAAUACUCGAUAAUAUUUGAAUCGCUCAAAUUUACUCACACUUUACAAAUUAAACAUUGAC